UCUCCCGCUAACACGUUUCUUCGAUAUUUCAGGUGUUUGCCAGAACGUUCCCAGGAUGCGGCGGAAAGUGUACUCCGUGAACAAGAGUCAUUAUUGUCCACGCUGCAAUCACGGUUUCACCCUAAAGAAAAACAUGACGCGGCAUCUGCGUCACGAGUGCGGUAUGGCGCCGAAAUAUCAGUGUCCUUACUGCGACAAGCCCUCCAAGUUUACCCAGAACAUUUACGCCCACAUCAGGAAGUAUCACCCUGGUGAGGUGUUGUGCUUCAAACGGCUCUACUAAAUCUUCGAAUACGCGCUUCGACCCACUUUCGUCCAUCUGUCAGAGGAACCGAAUAAUAAAACUUGUCAAUCCCAGACAUCGGAGAGUCUCUUCAUUUACGAAAAUGUCACGCGGAGAUGGGCGCGCGAGUCG